AUGCCAUCUAAUAACAGCGUGGCAACAAACAUGUACAAUACUAGGAGAUCCGCCUACCUGAACUCAUGCAGUACCGCAAUGGAACUUGCACCGCAGAGUAUGCACCAGAACUGGCAAGAUACAGAAUACGUCAACACCACAGGUAGCAACGAAAUGGAUAUAUCAGAUAUGCCGAUGUACGGAAAUGAUAAAGACGACCCCUACUACGAAGAAGAUGGUGGUGGUGGAGGGAGUACCGGGAGCACCGGGAGCGGCGGGAAAAAAUCAACUCGAAAACGUGCUAACACAACUUCCAGUAAUGGUGGUGGAAAUGAUAAGGAGAGUAAAAGAACGGCGAACAAGGUGUGCCGAGUAUGUGGUGACAAAGCGUUCAGCUACAAUUUCAAUGUGAUCACCUGUGAGUCGUGUAAAGCGUUCUUCCGGCGGAAUGCUAACAAAGAGAAAGAGAUUCGGUGUCCGUUCAACGAGCAGUGUGAGAUCAACAUGGUUUCGCGCCGGUUUUGUCAACGAUGCCGGCUCACCAAGUGCUUUUCGGUCGGCAUGAAAAAGGAGUGGAUCAUGUCCGAGGAAGCAAGGCUUGAGAAGAAACAAAGAGUAGAGGAGAACAGAGAAAGAAGAUUGCAGGACGCUUUGAACAAAGCCUUAGAAGAAGCCAAUAUGGAAGAUGACAGUGAGAAUAGCUAUGAUGAGGCCCCAAUCCCAGUCAACCAAGUCUCUGUCCGAAAAUACAUCGAAGAGGGUCAACAGCAGCAGGGUGGUCCAGAAGAGAUGCCUCCUCAUAUGGAUCAUUCACAUCAAUAUGAAAUGUCGAAGGAUAAGAUGAUGAACUACUAUCAAGAUGGGCCAACGGACCACGGGUAUUCGAAUAAUGACUAUGACUUCCCAUCCAACUCUGGAAAUGCUUGCCCAAACCAAAUGGACACCUCUGGAAAUUGCGGUGCUACUACUAUUGCUGAAAGUGGUGAUUCACCAUCUAACCAACCUGCUGUCCUUGCUCCAUCAACGAUUGAUGUCGAAGCCAAUCCUAUCCCUUCAAGUGUACUUUUCUCUGCCUCUAUGUCUGCUAUCCAAGACGUUGCAGCAAUAAUUUCGAAUGGCGAACCCAAGAAUUUAGGAUUAUGCGCCCCGGAAUCAGUACAAGAGAGUUUGAUGAAUGUCGCCCAAGCAGCUGUUCAAGCACAAGCUAUUGUUAAUCAUACCCAGCAGCUUGCCGCCGCGGUUGUCGCCCAACAAGUUGUGUCUCAAAUGGGUCCAGUGUUGCCUGUUGCUCCAUUGGAUCCUAUGCUGGCCCCACCUCUCAUUGCUGCUCCAGUUCUGCCAACUGCAUUGGCGACAGCCAUAACCACCCCUAUUGCAGCUCCUCCAAUGAUGCCCCCUAUUCCUGUCGCACCGAUGCCCCCACAGGUCAACCCAUCUCCCAUCAACUCCUCCCCGAUGAAUCCGUCCCCCAUGGCUCCGACACCGGUAGGCGCGGGUAUCGCAAUGAUUCCGAAAGAAAUGCCAGUCAGCGUGUCGCUUCUGAAUCAGUUGGAACAGACACCAGCCGAGAUGGUAACUGUCCCAAAGGAUAUGCUAAUGAAAUUAAUUCAAAACAACUCAAGAACGACGUGCACGUGCACUUGUAUGUGUGGCCGGUAUCCACCAGGCGCGUGCAUUUUCGAUGAGGUCACCAAGGAUUUGUUGAAUAGUGGAAGCUCGAAUGGCAGUGCAAAUGAUAAAGAUGAGGCGAGACUGGAAACCACUGAGGAUAUGCAGAUGAAUGGUCUGCUACCCGGAGAGUCCAACUCUUCAAUCCAAUGGCUCAGCCAACAAUCAUCAGCUCAAUCAGUCAUUGAUCCGAUAACUAAUUUAAUGUCUGCGGAAGAGGCACAGACUCAGAGAGAACGACGAGACUCAAUAUUUGGAGCUUACUCGUCUGCGGAUCAAGCUCAGUUCCAACCAAAAAGUGUGCAAGAAGAAACUAUCUGGGAGCAUACUGUAGCUGAAAACGAGUCGAGAGAGUUGUCCGAUGAAGAACUUGAAAAAAUGGAAGAGCUCACUGAAAUCUCAAAUCAGUGGAUGGGAUUGGGUCUAGACAAUAUCCCGAUUCUGGAACUUUUUACUGAGAAGAAUGUUGAGAUCAUUGUGAACGGUUUGAAAUUACUAUCUUCAUUCCGGUUUCUGCCGAAACAAGACAAGCGAACGGUAAUAAAACGAGGUCUCUACAACUACUGUGUCGUAAAGUGGAUGCAACAUAAGGAAAGUAUGUCAUUGGAUGGUUUGAGCGAUCGUGUGCGGCGGGAUUUUAUGGAUCUCAUCAACCGAGAAGAGUUCAACUAUAGAGUACAACCAGGAGCGUUCAACACACUGGCCAUCAGUGUAUUGUUCCAUAGCUCACCUGAAGACCUUAUCUCAACAGAAGUGUACAUGGAACAUUUGGUUUUCAAAAAACUACUUGAUAAAAAUCUACCUAUCAAAGUGUCCAGCGACACAGUCUACAACAACUACCACCUUGACAUAAUGAAAGCUGCAAGUCACUUGAUUAAAAUCACUGGUGGAAUAUCUGACAGACUUCAAAUCGAUGAGAUAAUUGAUGAGAAGUCGUGUAUUUCCUUCAAAUUCUACAUCACACAUGACUCAACUCAAAAAUGUUUCCGACACAGAUGUACAGAUAACGCGGUUCUCUCGGAAUUUGAUUGCAAAUUAUGGAAUCAGGUGAAAAAGAAUCCGGAAAAAGCGAAGGCAUGGAACAAAUCUCUAACUCGCCGCGUUCGUAACCACAUCUCCACUUCCAAAACAACAAAAAAUGACGGAGAGGCAAAGGAAUCGGUAAUUGAAAUAUAUUCCGUCAAACCAGACACCUGCACAACAUACACAAAAAUUCGUAGUGUUCUGGGAAAGAUUGAGUGUUGGAGAAAAAAGUAA